CAAGGAAAGGAGACAACCGGGGCGGGGAGGCAGGCGGGCGGGCGGCGGCCGCGGCGUUCUGUGAGGCGAAGGAGAGACGCUGCCGAGCAGGAAGCGCUGCCACCGAGCCAGGAGCCAGCCAGUGUCUGCCCAAGAGCGAAGAGGGCAGAGUCUGCGCUGGUGAAAGAGAAGGGUUUUGUACGGGCGAGGGGCGGCACCAGAGGACUGACCUCUUCCAAACUCCCCAGCCCCGCGUUUUACAACCCACCGGGAACUCCGCGUAGAAGCCGCGCGGCCCGCCGCGGCCCUCCCGGCGUGUGGGUGGCUUCGAGAGGGCUGCUGAGGAGGAUGUCGGGCGGUAGUGGCGGCAGCCGGGAAGAGGAGCGGCGCAAGCUGGCCGACAUUAUCAACCACUGGAACGCGAACCGGCUGGACCUGUUCGAGAUCAGCCCCCCCACUGAGGAUUUGGAAUUCCAUGGAGUUAUGAGAUUUUAUUUUCAAGACAAAGCAGCUGGAAAUUUUGCAACUAAAUGCAUCCGUGUGUCUAGCACUGCCACAACACAGGAUGUAAUAGAAACGCUUGCAGAGAAAUUCCGUCCAGAUAUGCGAAUGUUAUCCUCGCCUAAAUACUCGCUUUAUGAAGUGCAUGUCAGUGGAGAAGAAAGAAGAUUGGAUAUCGAUGAGAAACCUCUUGUUGUGCAAUUAAAUUGGAACAAAGAUGAUAGAGAAGGACGGUUCGUACUCAAGAAUGAAAAUGAUGCACUUCCCCCAAAGAAGGCUCAAAGCAAUGGCCCUGAGAAACAAGAGAAAGAGGGAGUGAUCCAGAACUUCAAACGAACUCUAUCAAAGAAAGAAAAGAAGGAAAAAAAGAGGCGAGAGAAAGAGGCAUUGCGGCAAGCUUUGGAUGAUAGACCAUUUCAUGGGGAUGAUAUUGAGAAUUCUCGUCUUGCAGCAGAGGUCUACAAAGAUAUGCCUGAAACCAGUUUCACUCGCACAAUAUCCAAUCCAGAGGUGGUAAUGAAAAGACGGAGACAACAAAAACUUGAGAAAAGGAUGCAAGAGUUCCGGAGCUCUGAUGGCAGGCCAGAUUCAGGUGGAACACUGAGGAUUUAUGCAGACAGUUUGAAACCAAAUAUACCAUACAAGACAAUCCUGCUGUCCACUACAGAUACUGCAGAUUUUGCAGUUAUUGAAGCUCUGGAGAAGUAUGGUCUGGAAAAGGAAAACCCCAAGGAUUACUGUAUUGCUCGUGUCAUGCUUCCUCCUGGUGCACAGCAUUCUGAUGAUAAAGGUGCUAAAGAGUCUAUUCUGGAUGACGAUGAGUGCCCACUUCAGAUAUUCAGGGAAUGGCCAAGUGAUAAAGGAAUAUUAGUCUUUCAGUUGAAAAGGCGGCCACCUGAUUAUGUCCCAAAGAAGUCAAAGAAACAAAUUGAUGCAAAGCCAUUUAAAGGAAAGGAAAGAGUUGACGGGUCUGGUUAUGGCUCUUCCCUUCCUCCAGAGAAACUACCUUAUCUGGUUGAACUAAGUCCAGAUGGUUCUGAUUCCAGAGAUAAACCAAAGCUGUAUCGUUUGCAGUUAAGUGUGACUGAAGUUGGUACUGAAAAAUUUGAUGACAAUUCCAUUCAGUUGUUUGGUCCAGGAAUUCAACCUCAUCACUGUGACCUCACUAAUAUGGAUGGAGUUGUUACGGUUACUCCAAGAAGCAUGGAUGCUGAGACAUAUGUGGAGGGUCAGCUGAUUUCAGAGACCACUAUGCUGCAAAGUGGUAUGAAGGUUCAGUUUGGGGCCUCUCAUGUAUUUAAGUUUGUGGAUCCCAUUCAGGAUCAUGUUCCUAAAGGACGUCUAGACACAGGACAUAUGGUCAAAGGAUCACGACACAAAGCUGGAGCUGUACAAGAAACAACAUUUGAUUUGGAGGGAGAUAUCCAUAGUGGAACAGGAUUACCUGCAAGUAAGAGCACCAACAGAUUGGAUAGUGACAGAAUAUCAACAUCCAGCACAGCUGAACGAGGCAUGGUGAAGCCAAUGAUAAGAAUAGAACAGCAGCAGGAUUAUCGGAGGCAGGAUGGCAGACCACAGGAUGCACAUGGGCCUGAACUGAUAUUACCUGCGAGCAUUGAAUUCAGGGAAAGCUCUGAAGAUGCCUUUUUGUCUGCCAUUAUAAAUUAUACCAAUAGCUCAACAGUUCAUUUUAAGCUUUCUCCUACGUAUGUCUUAUACAUGACAUGCCGGUAUGUAUUGUCAAGCCAGUACAGACCUGACAUCAGUCCUGCUGAAAUUGCAAUAGUGAUGAAGAUGGUGAGCAUGAUGGAAGGGGUUAUACAGAAACAGAAAAAUAUUGCAGGGGCACUUGCUUUCUGGAUGGCAAAUGCAUCUGAGCUGCUAAACUUCAUAAAGCAGGACCGAGACCUUAGCCGAAUUACACUAGAUGCACAAGAUGUUUUGGCACACUUAGUUCAAAUGGCAUUCAAAUAUUUGGUUCAUUGUCUUCAGUCGGAGCUUAAUAACUACAUGCCUGCAUUUCUUGAUGAUCCAGAAGAAAAUAAUCCUCAAAGACCUAAAAUAGAUGAUGUCUUGCAUACACUAACUGGAGCUAUGUCCCUGCUGCGACGCUGUAGAGUGAAUGCUGCACUAACUAUCCAGCUCUUCUCCCAGCUCUUUCACUUUAUCAACAUGUGGCUUUUUAACAGACUGGUCACUGAUCCAGAUUCAGGAUUAUGUUCACAUUACUGGGGAGCCAUCAUCCGCCAGCAGCUGGGACAUAUUGAAGCUUGGGCUGAAAAACAGGGCUUGGAGCUAGCUGCUGAUUGUCACCUUAGCAGGAUAGUACAAGCCACCACUUUACUUACUAUGGAUAAGUAUUCACCUGAAGACAUUCCAAGUAUUAACAGUACCUGCUUUAAACUCAAUUCUCUUCAAUUGCAUGCAUUGCUACAGAAUUAUCAUUGUGCCCCAGAUGAGCCAUUUAUCCCAACAGAGUUAAUAGAAAAUGUUGUUGCUGUUGCUGAAAAUACUGCUGAUGAACUGGCUCGUAGUGAUGGUAGGGAAGUACAGCUAGAAGAGGAUCCUGAUCUACAGCUACCUUUUCUUCUUCCGGAAGAUGGCUAUUCAUGUGAUGUGGUCAGAAACAUCCCAAAUGGAUUACAAGAAUUUUUAGAUCCACUUUGCCAAAGAGGAUUUUGCAGGUUAACACCUCAUCCACGCUCACCAGGAACAUGGACGAUUUAUUUUGAAGGUGCAGAUUAUGAAAGCCAUCUAUUACAAGACAAUGCUGAUCUGGCUCAACCAUUGAGAAAGGAACCUGAGAUAAUCACUGUGACAUUGAAAAAACAAAAUGGGAUGGGCCUGAGCAUUGUGGCUGCAAAGGGUGCUGGUCAAGAUAAACUUGGAAUCUAUGUGAAGUCUGUAGUAAAAGGUGGUGCUGCAGAUGUGGAUGGGCGGCUGGCUGCUGGGGAUCAGUUGCUUAGUGUGGAUGGACGCAGUUUGGUUGGACUAUCCCAAGAAAGGGCGGCAGAGCUCAUGACAAGAACUGGUUCAGUGGUAACACUAGAAGUGGCAAAACAAGGAGCAAUUUAUCAUGGUCUAGCAACUUUGCUUAACCAGCCAUCACCAAUGAUGCAAAGAGUUUCAGACCGCCGUGGUUCAGGCAAACCCCGACCAAAGAGCGAAGGAUUUGAGCUGUAUAACAAUUCUGCUCAGAAUGGAUCACCUGAGAGCCCUCAGCUGCCUUGGACAGAAUAUAAUGAACCAAAGAAGUUGCCAGGAGAUGACAGACUAAUGAAGAAUCGAGCAGAUCACCGAUCCAGUCCCAAUGUAGCAAAUCAACCUCCAAGUCCUGGGACCAAGAAUGCAUAUGCAGCUGGGACAGCUAAUAAGAUAACAUCAGUCUCUACUGGAAACCUUUGUACAGAGGAACAAAUGCUACCACCCAGACCUGAAGCAUAUCCUAUCCCUACACAAACUUAUACCAGAGAAUACUUCACGUUCCCAGCCUCCAAGUCCCAAGAUAGAAUGGGUCCUGCUCAAAGUCAAUGGUCAAGUUAUGAAGAGAAACCUCAAGUUCAAACAGAAAAUAAUCAUUAUAUCAGCACUGCAAUGCAGCGUGUAACUCGUUCUCAGGAAGAGCUGCGGGAUGAUAAAGUUUAUCAGCCAGAAAGGAAUCGAUUAGAGGUCAUAAUACGAAAAGAUGUGGAAUAUAUUGAUAGGAAAUCUGAUAGUGACCCAUGGAUGAACUCUUCUGUGGAUUCUAGUACAUCAAGCCAGGAGCAUCUGAACCAUUCCUCUAAAUCCCUCCCCCUUGGAUCUUGUUUAACCAAAAGUGGACCUGGUCGCUGGAAAACCCCCGUUACCUCUCAACCAAUAUCAUUGGCAGCUUCUCAGUCUACAAGAACAGACCUUCCUCCUCCUCCCCCUCCUCCCCCAGUGCACUAUGCAGCUGACUUUGAUGGACUGCAGAUGGAUUUGCCUUUGCCACCACCUCCACUUUCUUCAAGCCAAUUAGGGCCACAGUCAUCAUCUCAGGUUGCUGCUGCAGAGCGAAAAAAGGAACGAAAAUUGGGGCAAAUGCGAGCACAGCCGCUAAUUUCUGCUCAAUCGUUACUUCCCCCAGUGUCAGUUCAGCAAGUAAAACCAGAAAAGCCUUCAACAUUGCAGAGGUCCCAGGAAACUGUCAUUAGAGAACUGCAGCCUCAACAGCAGCCCCGAACAAUUGAGCGACGAGAUCUGCAGUACAUCACUAUAAGCAAAGAAGAGUUGUCCUCUAGUGAUAGCCUGUCUCCUGACCCUUGGAAAAGAGAUGCUAAGGAGAAACUGGAGAAGCAGCAGCAGAUGCACAUUGUGGACAUGCUGAGCAAAGAGAUUCAAGAACUUCAAAAUAAGCCAGAUCGCACUGCUGAAGAGAAUGACCGUCUGCGAAAGCUCAUGCUAGAGUGGCAGUUCCAGAAACGGCUCCAAGAGUCAAAGCAAAAAGAUGAAGAUGAAGAUGAUGAGGAAGAUGAUGACAUAGACACUAUGUUGAUUAUGCAGCGUCUGGAAGCUGAGAGAAGAGCAAGGGAUGAAGAGCGCAGACGGCAGCAGCAGUUGGAAGAGAUGCGAAAACGGGAAGCGGAAGACAGAGCUCGGCAAGAAGAAGAGCGCAGGCGCCAAGAGGAGGAGCGGACAAAGCGAGAGGGAGAACAAAAGAGGCGACAAGAGGAAGGAUAUUACAAUCGUCUGGAGGCUGAAAGGCGCCGUCAACAUGAUGAAGCAGAACGGAGAUUGCUGGAACCCGAUGAGCCUGGUCUGUACAGACCUCCGCUUCCACGGGAAUAUGAAUUCCCACCCCUGCCCCCUUCAUCUAAUGCUCCUCCUCCCCCACCUCAGCGAAACACCUCUUACCUCAAAACACAGGUCCUCUCCCCUGAUACGAUUUAUACUGCCAAGUUUGUUGCAUACAAUGAUGAGGAGGAGGAGGAUUCCUGUCUAGCAGCAGGUCAGGAUAAGUACGCCAGUACAAGAAAGUCUUAUGGUGACCUUCCUCCUGCCACCCUUAAACCACAGCAGCCCUCACGCCAGCCACGCCCAGCCUCAGAUGGCAUCUUCCUUUCCAACUCAUUCCAGCCAUCCUCGGUCAAUGCCAACAGUACUGCUUACAAACUGAGCCAUCCCCCUCCCAUACCAAACAAACCGAGUUUCAUCAAUCCCAGCAACUCAAAAGGAUCAAACUCUUACACUGGAUCUACUGGAGCAAUUGCAGGAUCACAGGAAUCGUCUCUGGACCCAAGAGAUAAAAAAUCAAAAAGUCAAGAUACAGAUUUACCUGGUGCACCAGAAAACUUGACUUUCCGGGAGCGACAGAGGCUAUUUUCCCAAGGCCAGGAUGUGUCCAACAAAGUAAAGGCUUCUAGGAAAUUAAUGGAACUGGAAAAUGAAUUAAAUACAAAAUAGGAUAAAAUGCACCUUAUAUCAGAAGUAUCUGAAAGAGCUUAGUGGGACUUGGAAAGGGGCUGUUCAAGAAGAGGAAAGUGUCUCCUGACGAAAUGAGAUGGAAUUCUCCAUCUGGACUGUUUGAAAUUUAGACCUAUUGCAAUAGCAAGAACACGAAUUCUUUAUUAAGAGCUUGUGGUUUAUACAAUUAAAGCACUGUAAGAUAUAUUUUACUUAUAAGAAUCAAGUAUCAUUAUGUUCUUUCUCCCCACCCUUUCCCUUGUUUGGGGGGAUUAAGUACUUCUGCAAUAGUUCUGGGUAACACUUGUUGAAUAGUUGUUUUCUGGUUUCUUACAGAAACACUUCACUAGCUGCUGAGCAGAGAGAGUGGCUAUAGCUUGAACUGCCUAAACUAUAAUCUGUGCCCAGACUUGCUGGUGUGUAGAUUGCUGGAUAAGGAAGUUAUACCGAUUAUAAGCAUAUCAAUGAUAACUAGAGCUGAAGUCAAUGGUUUCUUUGGAUAGACUCUUGCAGUAAAACAACCUGAAUACCUUGAAUAUAAAAGGGCUGCAUAAGAGUAUUUAAUCCUCAGACACAGAAUGGGGUCCUCCCUUUGCAUAGUCCUUUGAAUAUGAAAUACUUGAUUUACUUUACUGACAGUCCACUAAUGUGACAAGAGUUGCACCUUUGGGUUUUUCGUUUCUCCUUCAUUCCAAGAUUGAACUACUAACUGCUUCUUACACUUAAGAGUUUUCAGACCUCUUUGGUGAUAGCUGAAGUCAAGACUGGGAAAAUGGGUGGACCUUUGGUCAUGGCGUGCAUGUGAAUGGAGGCUACAAAGUUUUAGUACUAUAUAGAAAUUUCAGAACUAAGCAAUAGGGAUUAAGCUGCUUUUAGUAGCAUACUGUAGCCAAGACAAAA